AUGGAUUCCGGCAACAACCAGCAAAAGAAGGAGGGCGAGAAGCAAUUCUCCAUCCAGCCCAUCCAGGACAACGCCGCCGUCGACCCCAAGUUUGCUGCGCACCAGGCUCAUCCAGGCCCGGCCGUGGCCAAGAACAUGCCUCCAGAACAGGGCACCAAGGAGGAGCGCCAGGCUAGAAAGGAGGAGCUGAACAAAUAA